AUGGGCUCCACUGCCACCUUUGGGGCGCCCUUUUACGGCGACGUGGUCAUGGGCCGCUUGGUUUACGGCCAGUCCAAACACGAGGAUGUUUACUGCAGCAAGGACGACUACGACAUCCCUGACCCUGAGACCUUCCAGACAGAGGGCAGCAGCUUCCGCAAGGUCAAGCUCUUGAACAUCGUGAUGGUGCGCCGGGGCAAGUGCUCCUUCACCACCAAGGUCCGGGUGGCACAGGCCAAGGGCGCCCAUGCCGUGAUCAUCGUGGACCGCGAGGACUCUCCACUCACUGCGGAGAAGCUGGCCGACAUCAUCGUGGCCGAUGAUGGCUUCGGCAGCAAUGUUUACAUCCCAUCCGUGCUCAUCUCCAAGGAAGACGGCCAGGAGCUCAUCAGUGCCGUCUCCAAAAAAACCGAGGUCGUGGUGGAAUUGGCCUGGAACUUGCCGACAGAUCGCGUGGUGACCAUGGACAUGUGGAUGAGUUCGGGCUCAAGCCAGUCCAUGCAGUUCCUCAAGGAGUUUGCUCCAAAGCGAAGGGUACUCAACGAGGUGAUGAUUUUCAACCCGCAUUAUGCUGUCUUUUCAAUGGACACGAACAACCCAGAUGUCUAUUCAGGGGUUUGCCUGGACAAGAAGGGCGCGGACAAAGGCGUGCGAGCCUCGCAGUGUCAGGACCCGGAUGGCGCUGGCGACGUGACCGGCAAGGAGGUACGAGUCACUACAAGCUGCACCAAGCUGCACAACAGCAAUGUCAUUGGCAACACACUCGCGGCCUUCACCGGCUGGCAGGUGCUGGAGGAGGAUGUGCGGCAGCUCUGCAUCCACGAAGCCACCAAGGCACAGCAAAGUGCUUUUGCAAUGCUGCCCAUAAGCCAGUUCUCGUCUCAGCUUCCUUCCGCUUCCUACAACGCGACAAGCAUGGAGGUCAGCAAGAGUGGGUAUGCGGAGAAGUACUGGGAUUACAUGGAGAAGUAUCCGCAGAGGUGCCCUGUGGACGGCACUGGCGCCAAACGCUUUGGCAGGGAGUGCUCCAUUAACGUCAUGAAGGAGGUCAAGGUGAAUCCAGACGAGAUCAUCCAGUGCGCGAUGACCACCCAGGAGGAGUCCUGCUGGCCAGUUGUCCAGUCCGCGGCCUGGUCGGACCAAGCAAUCCGCGUGAACGGCUGGCGGUUCAAGGGGAUCGUCACAGCCGACCUCGUCGUCCGAGCAGUCUGCUCUGGCUUCAUCCACCAGCCGCCAGAGUGCGCUCAACUGGUCGAGAAGCGCGAUGUCUUUAGACCCUACAUCCCGGCCCCCAGCGGAGGGGUGAGCUUCGGUGAGCUUUUGGCCUGGCUACUGGCCACCGUGGCACUGGGCUUCGUCUGCAUGCUCAUGUACAAGCGAUACCUGAAAAAGGAGAUGCGCAGCACCCUGAGGGAGGAGGUCAUGCUGGAGGUGCAGGCCCAGAUGGGCGAGUAUGCUCAGCUCCGGGGUGCGUAA